CAAUGUAAAACUUAUCAAUAAUGCUUCUCACUGUGUAAUAAAGUUAGAUCGGAGCAGUACCAAUCUGCAAUUUCCCAAUAGCCACAAAAGGCAGAUCGCCGGCGACGCGAUCUCAUUGGCUGUUGUUCACAGAUAAAAAUGGCUUGGUUGGCUCGAUCUAUCGCAAACUCUCUCAAGUUCGAUGAUGACGAAGACGAUGAUGACGUCAACGCAGUCCGGAAGCCGGAGCCUAAACAAUCCGAUAGCCCAGAAUCCCGAGACGACGACGUUACAUCUCCCACUUCGACGUCGCGCGGCGUCAAAGAGGAUCUCUCGGAGCUCAGCAAAACCCUAACCCGCCAAUUCUGGGGCGUCGCCUCAUUCUUAGCCCCUCCGCCGCAGCCCGAGCCGAAAUCCGACUCGGGCGUGUCGGAACUGGAUCAGGGCUCGAUUUUGGGGAUCCGAAGUGACUUUGCGGAGAUUGGGGGCAGGUUCAAGAGCGGGAUUUCGAGGCUGUCGAAUAACAUCAAUGUUUCUGAAUUUACUAAAAUGGCCACGAAUUUGCUGCAAUUGGAAUCGGAUGAUGAGAAUGACGGGAUAGGUAACAACAGGGAGAGUUUCGAGUCCUUUGGGGAAGGAGCUGUGGGCUUGACUGAGAAAGUGGUGGCUUUUGUUCGUGACAUUACUAUGCAUCAAGAGACCUGGUUGGAUUUCCCAUUGCCUGAAAAUGUUGAUUUUGAUAUGACCAAUGCCCAACAAGAACAUGCCUUAGCAGUCGAAAGACUGGCCCCAAGAUUAGCAGCGGUAAGGAUGGAACUUUGCCCUGGAUACAUGAGUGAAAGCUGCUUCUGGUUGAUUUAUUUUCUGCUCCUUCAUCCUAGACUUGAUAAGCAGGAGGCCGAACUUCUAUCAACACCCCAGGUACUGAAAGCCAGGGCCUUGCUUGGCCACGAACUAAAGAACAAAAAUACAACAGAAUCCGGAAGCUUCUAUGGCAAAAAAUCUCCGGGCCCUGAGGAGAUUGAUAUUUCUCAUAAUGAAGAGCCUCUUUCUGUUAUGCCUGAAAACUUGCCCAACAAGGCAGCUAAUAUUAAUGCGGGCACUUCAGCUGCUCCCGAAAUUGUGAAGGACCCAAUUGAGAGAAAUGAAAGCAAAACUGUUAACAGGCCCAUCACUCAAGAAAAUGAAACCGGCCAAGUUAACGAACAAUAUAUAAAUAAAUCCAGCUCGUCGACUAUUUCUAUAGAUGAAGACGAAAAUGAUGCAGAUGACUGGUUGAAGGAAGAAACUUUAGAUGCAGGAGACCCCAUUGGCAAAAACAUUCCGAUCGAGAAUGAGGAUGAUGUGUCGUUUAGUGAUCUUGAGGAUGAUGAUGAUGGUGAUGUGCCUGCUAGCUAUAGAAAGUCGAAUUACAGUUCUGAUAAGGAUUCAAGGGACUGGGUUAGAUGUUGAUGACAUCUUCAUGUCAUGAUCUGUCAUGAAUGUUUUCUUAUGUACGUGUCUUUGCCUUGUGAAUAGAUACAACAUUAAAUAUCCUUGUCUUGCAUUGAGGCCUUGAUAAAUUAUAAAAUGAUUUGUAUAUAUGAUGCACUCGUGAAUACUUGGCAUGUUUGCUUUAAUAUUUUGGAAGUGUUGGGCUGUUCGGUUAAAACUGCGUCUUUGGAAAUUUAUGUAUUUUUUUCUUUAG